GAAGGGGAGCCGUCAGCUGGGUGCGGUGUGGGGGGGAGUCGGACUCAGUCGGCCUAUGAAGAUCCAUCCGCCGACAUGCCUGGGAUAGACAAGCUGCCCAUCGAGGAGACGCUGGAGGACAGUCCCCAGACACGUUCUUUGCUGGGUGUAUUUGAAGAAGAUGCGGUGGCAAUUUCCAGAUACAUUAGCCAGUUGUAUCAAGCCAUCCAUCGAAUUUAUGAUGCACAGAAUGAAUUAAGUGCAGCAACACAUCUGACUUCAAAGCUUCUAAAAGAAUAUGAGAAGCAGCGCUUCCCUUUGGGGGGUGACGAUGAAGUUAUGAAUUCUACUCUGCAGCAGUUUGCAAAAGUGAUAGAUGAGCUCAGUUCUUGCCAUGCAGUACUAUCAACUCAGUUAGCUGAUGCCAUGAUGUUUCCCAUUACCCAGUUCAAGGAAAGGGCUCUUAAAGAGAUACUGACUUUAAAAGAAGUUUUCCAGAUCUCAAGCAAUGAUCAUGAUACUGCUAUUGCCAGAUAUAGUCGACUGUCAAAAAAAAGAGAAAAUGAGAAGGUCAAGUAUGAAGUUACAGAAGAUGUAUAUACUUCCCGGAAGAAACAACAUCAGACUAUGAUGCAUUAUUUCUGUGCAUUAAAUACUCUUCAGUAUAAGAAGAAAAUUGCUGUGUUGGAACCCUUAUUAGGAUACAUGCAAGCUCAGAUAAGCUUCUUUAAGAUGGGCUCAGAAAAUAUUUCUGAACAGCUGGAAGAAUUUUUAACCAAUAUUGGAACAAGUGUACAGGAUGUUCGUAGAGAAAUGGAUCAUGAAGUAGAGACUAUGCAACAGACUAUAGAGGACUUGGAGGUUGCCAGUGACCCACUGUACUUGCCUGAUUCGGAUCCUGCAAAAUUUCCUGCCCAGCGAAAUCUUACUCGGAAAGCUGGUUAUCUGAAUGCAAGAAAUAAAACAGGACUGGUGUCUUCCAGUUGGGACAGACAAUUUUACUUCACUCAGGGUGGAAACCUAAUGAGUCAAGCAAGAGGUGAUGUAGCUGGAGGGCUUGUUAUGGAUAUAGACAACUGUUCUGUAAUGGCUGUGGAUUGUGAAGACAGAAGAUACUGCUUUCAAAUAACCUCUUUCGACGGCAAAAAGUCCUCAAUUCUGCAGGCAGAGAGCAGAAAAGAUUAUGAAGAGUGGAUAUGUACAAUAAACAACAUCUCCAAACAGAUAUAUCUAAGUGAAAACCCAGAGGAAAUUGCUGCACGUGUAAAUCAGUCAGCUAUAGAAGCUGUUACUCCCUCCCCUUCCUUCCAGCAGAGACAUGAGAGCAUGAGACCAACUGUACAGACUCGUCCUCCCAGCACUGGGUCUUUGGGAUCUGAUUCAGCACUUUCCUUGGACUCGCUUGUGGCACCUGACACUCCUAUACAAUUUGACAUCAUUUCUCCAGUAAGUGAAGAUCAUCCAGGUCAAGCAAAAACCUCGGGGCAGUCAGGCAGACGGACAAAUCCAUUUGGAGAAUCUGGAGGAACCAAAUCAGAAACAGAAGAUUCUAUCCUUCAUCAGUUAUUUAUUGUAAGAUUCCUUGGAUCCAUGGAGGUGAAGUCAGAUGAAAGUCCUGAUGUUGUUUAUGAAACAAUGCGCCAAAUACUAGCAGCUCGAGCUAUACAUAACAUUUUCAGAAUGACAGAAUCACAUUUGUUGGUCACAUGUGACUGUUUAAAGUUAAUUGAUCCGCAGACGCAAGUUACAAGACUCAGGUUUCCUUUGCCAAAUGUAGUUCUGUAUGCCACACACCAGGAGAACAAACGCCUUUUUGGGUUUGUGCUUCAGACUUCAACUGGGAGAACAGAUAGUAGACCAACUUCAGUCUGCUAUAUAUUUGAAUCAAAUAACGAAGGGGAAAAGAUUUGUGACUCUGUAGGACUUGCAAAACAGAUUGCCUUUCAUGCUGAAUUGGAUCGUAGAACCUCAGAAAAGCAGAAAGAAAUAGACAGAGUGAAAGAGAAACAACAAAAAGAACUCAGUAAACAAAAACAAAUAGAAAAAGAUUUGGAAGAGCAAAGUCGAUUAAUAGCUGCUUCUAGCAGAUCCAACCAGAGUGUUGGGGAGGGACAAUUUGUAGUCCUUAGCAGUAGCCAGUCAGAAGACAGUGAUUUGGGAGAAGAUGGAAAGAAAAAACGAGAAUCUGAAGCAUGAAGUGACCAGUGCAAGUCUGCAUACCUGUUGUCUGAGAUGACAAGUGAUAACUCAAAGAAGAAACAAAGGUGGAGGGUUUGUUUUAUUAGAGGAAUCUCAUAUUCUGAUCUAUUGUGCUUUAUUUUUUCUUAAAUUGCCUGCUUAAUGUAAAUAUGGACUUUGUUCCAUAUUGUAAGAUACCAGGUGAAACCUACAGCAGAGGUAUAUAUGGCUAUAGCCGUUGAAUAUUUUUCCUUUUCUUCAUGUGUGCAGAUGACUUGAUAAGGAAGAAAUUAUCAUAGGUUAAGCAUAAGGAAAAUAGAUAGAAAUUUCUGUCUUCACUUUCAAGCUGCAGUGAGUCUUUAGUCUGUUGUAGCAAAAACAAGAGAGUUCUGUGACGCUUUCAAAGGCUUAGCAAAUGUAAUCUGAUGAAGUGGACUCAAGUCUACAAAUGGUUCCGCCAUAAUAUAUUUGUUCAUCUUUAGGGUGCCACAAGAGUUUUUUCAAUGCUCGUUUUGUUUCCCAAAGACGAUUGAGAACAGAAAUAGAGUACUGAUUUGUAUAAGAGUUCAGGAAAACUACUAAUGCUGCAAUGCUAUUUUUAGAUUAAGGGUGAGGUUAUUUUUACUUGAGGGUGCAUUUAGUGGUACUAGCCUUGGCCUUUCUGCAAUAUACUUCAGAGCACUUUUGUGGAGGGUGGCAAAGACACUAAAGCAGAUUUUAGAAAUUAGUGUGAGAUGCAGUUGCACUAUGUGUUUUUGUAACCUACAAAUACACAGUAAUAUGUCUACAUGAGAAUAGGGUUCGCCCUUCAAAAAUCAAACUUCCAAAAGGUCUGCAAUGAUUCCUGGCAUUAAUAAUAGGUCUUUCAGCAUGGAUUGAGAGUAUGUUGGUGAAAGAACAACUUGCAUGGAGACAUUGUCAAAUACCAUUUGAGGUAAAAAUGUUUUAAUGAUCCAUGGCCAUAAUUGCCUAAUUUCUUUGAAAACUACUUAGCAGGACUGACUUACUAGACACUUCCACAUGCAAUGUAUCUGAUUUAAAAUAGUAAUAUCCUUUAUUUUCUGCACAAUGUGAGUGGAAAUCAUAAAGACAUCAAUUUUAGCCUGUUGAGUUUCUUACGUGAUCUGUCUCAUCUAAAUUUUUCGUUAAAAGCAAUCAACAGAAUUUAUUUAGAAAUUGAUAGAAACGUUUUGAGAGAAGAAACCAAUGUUCUUCCUGAGAUUUGAAAAAUCUGUGGAAAUUUGUUUCCAUCCUAGCAGAUUUUUAAACUAUAUUUUUACUUUGCACCCAAGUAUUGCUCAUAAACACUUCAGUUACUGAAACACCUACUUUUGGGGAUAAAGAGAAAAGUAACCCACAAAAAGAGAAUUUACUUUUACUGCAGCGGAAGAAAAUGUACCAGUUGAUAUUCAGGACCUUUUGAAAUACCCCAACCCUCUGCAGCUCUCUGAUGAUGGGUGGAAAGAAUGUUCCUUUUGAACUCUAAAAGGUUUCCUUAUACUGUGUGUGUGUUUUAGGAAGCUUUUUCAGGUUCAUGGGAGGGUUGCUGAUCUAAGCUACCUGAAGGAGAUGGAUAGGGCUUCAGUAAAUCUAAUGGACUGCAGGUACCCAUUGAGCAGCACUGUCGCCUUCCACCUCCCUGAGUAUAAGAUUGAUAAAAUGCCAUAGUUCUUAUUUCUCAUAGUUGUAAGAAAUACUAACCUUAAUUACAUCUUUACAUUUUGGGGCACCUCAAUUAGCAAAUCUGUUUUUUGAGUGCUUAGAGUAAUAUUUAACAGUGCUCUCUGAGAAUCCUAAAUUUGCGUAGAAGUAAAUAAUCAGUUCACUCCAACUGACUGGCGAGUUGUUUUGUUCUCAUGUUUUAAGUUAACCUCCAGCAAUUAUCAGCUACAAUCUAUGUAUAAAUGUGUGCUAAUACACUGUUUUAUAAUAUAUAUAAUACCAAAUUUUGUCAUUAAUAAAACCAGUCAUUUUUAUCCUCCUCCUGUUAAAGUCCAAUAUUGGUUUCAAUGGGCUCACUGCUCUUUGUGGAAUUGAAACCUGCCACUUUUUUCCACAUACGAUCUAUGUGCAAAAGAAGCAUUGAUUAAGGGGAAUGUUUCUAUCAUUAAGUCUGUAAGCUAUGAAUAUGCAAGUCUCUGUAAGCUAUGAAUAUGUACACUUCCAGAGCUAGAAAAAACAAUGUGAUCAGAGUGUGCAAAUUCACUCUAUUUCCCAUAUUAGUUUUGCUAUUGGAGAUUGCCUCUGUGUAGAAAAAUGUAAUUUGGCCAUCUGGUUGAUGUGUUCAUGGUGCAAAAUUUACCUGUGCCUCAUUUGACACUGUAUGACAAACAUGCAUUUUCCUACACAAAGACUAUCUUCAUGUAGGAAGAUUGUAGUGCACAAAGCAGUGUUGUCAUGAAACAAACUUUCCAUUGUUUAUUUAAAAUAAAAACAGAUUUUUCCUUUUGUCAAAUUAGGCGAGUAUAAGCCCAAUUGAACUCAGUGGGACUUAGUUCUGAGUAAAUAUUCUGAGAAUUGGACUGUCAAGGAGCAGAACAGUUUAACUCCACGAUGAGAAAAAGUGCUUGAUUAUAUCUUUUAUAUUACAUUUUUGUAAAGUAGAAUUUCAGAUUUUUAAUGCCGAAAUUGAAGGAAGAAGUAAGGUGAGAAGUAAGAAGUUGCUUAAGAGGUGCGUUUCUGUAUUAUCCAGAAAUAUGGCAAAGAGAAAAAAUGUUUUUGCAUGUUCCCCUCUUUCCUAACAUACUGUAGUUGAAAGGCAUUCCUUUUAAUUGUUUGCAUGCCAAUCUGAUGUAAAAAAAAUCAGAUCAGAAUUCUCACUUGUGUUCUCUGACAAAAACAAAAGAAAUCCCAACACACACCCAAGUAUGGUGAAGACAAAAUUUUAUUAUUUCUGGGCAUCUCUUCUUUGAAGCUCCUGGUGUGAAUUGAAGAGCCCCCCUCUUUGCAAUAUAUAAUUUGCAAUCAAUAACCUAAGAUCAUCAUGUGAUCUAGCCUGGUAGAAAGAAUAAUCCAGCAUACAACUCUGAAGGAGCAAUGUACCAUAAUGAGGUAUAUGUGCAAGCAAACUGCUUGUGUAAUCAUUUUGAGUGAGUUUUAUAAUGUAGUGGAUUGGUCAAAUUCUUACAGUAAUGUAAUGGUUUGGUCCUGUUCUAGUGAUUGUGAUUUUUUUCAAUGUUUUAAGAAUCUAAUACAGUUUCCCUGAAUAUUUGUUUUAAUAAAAUCCAGUGAUUGUCAACUUGGUAUUGUCAACGGGCAGACUGAAAGCUAGAUGCUAAUAAAACUUUGGGAAGGACCUCAGCAAAGUUCAGUUAAUUUUAGAGGAUGGUUUUCUGUAAUGAUUAUGUAAACUAUAUUUUGUUUGCAAUUGCUCCCUAAAAGGUCAUUGUCUAUUCAAAAGCUCCUGAAAUUUUUCAAAUGUAUUUUGAGUCUGUUAGUCAUUCAGGAAUCUUAUCCAUAUAUUUAAUAUAGUCAGAGAUCAUUUAUUGUUCUUAAUAAAAAAA